CGCCCGGCUCGGGGACGUACGCGAGGAGGGAGCGUUGCUAUUGUGGAAAGCUGGAGGACUGAUACGAGGAGGAUCAUGUAUCUGAGGGCGAGGGUUUGGCUGCUUCGAAAUAUUUCUUCUGUUCUCAACAAGCCACAUAAUCCUUUAUAUGCACGUUUACAUACGGAGGGAUGUUGUCCAGAGCUGAAUGAAGGAGAAACCAAACUGUUAAUGAAUGAUGUACGUAAGGAACUGCAUAAUAUUGUUGGUGCAUCCAAAAACUGGAGUGAACAUCUCAAGUCAGCAAAGGAAAGAGCUUCAUUAAAUUCUUUACUAGUUGAAAGCCAGGACAGCUUACCAUAUCGCUGCAUGAAGGACAGUUAUCUGGAGGCUUACCUACCGUUGGGAAGCCGUCCUCUCUUAAGAGAACAGUACUUAAAUGUACAUAACUUAGUAAGAUUUGGCAGGAUCCUUGAGGACCUUGAUUCAUUUGGAGUUUUAAUUAGUUAUACUCAUGUCAAAACCGAUACUCCACGAAGCCCUUUUUCAAUUGUGACGGCACUUGUUGAUGAAAUAGAUCUGGUCAAAAAGGUUAUCCUGCCAGAUUGUGACUUGAAAUUCAGUGGUCACGUCACUUGGGUGGGAAGAAGUUCUAUGGAAGUCCAGAUGCAUGUAUCUCAGUAUCAAAAUGGCGCCUUCAGUCCAGUCCUCGAGGCUACUUUUGUGAUGGUGGCACGUGAUGCUUCAAAUAAAAGGGGAGCUUUAAUUAAUCCAUUGAAGCCCGAGUGUCCAGAAGAGGAGAAACUCUUUCAACAAGGAGACUUGAACAAAGCAAAAAGGACAACACUAAAGGAAAUCUCUUUAUUGAAAACAGCACCAAAUGAAGAUGAGCAGAAAAUUAUACAUGAAAUGUUCCUGGAGACUCUGGAUGUCAGGACAGUAAGUUUCCACAGUCGGGUUUUACCAAAGAAUUCAGUGUGGAUGGAGGAUUCAAAGCUCAAGAGUCUGGAAAUAUGCCACCCACAGGAACGCAAUAUUUUCAACAAAAUCUUUGGUGGAUUUCUAAUGAGGAAAGCCUUUGAAUUGGCAUGGGCAAAUGCUUGCGUUUAUGGGAGUUCCAGACCUUAUCCAGUUGCUGUAGAUGAUAUUCUGUUUCAAAAACCAGUUGAGAUUGGCUCCCUGCUGUACCUUUCAUCACAGGUUUGUUACACCAAAGGCAACUAUAUUCAGGUCAGAGUCCACAGCACAGUGGUUGAUCCAGUUUCUCGGGAGCACCAUACCACCAAUACCUUCCAUUUCACCUUUGGCUCUGAGAAUGAAGUGAUGCAGGUUUUCCCAAAGACCUAUGGAGAAUCAAUGCUAUAUUUGGAUGGAAAACGUCACUUUAAAGCACGAUUGAACAACUGCAAUUGAUCAAUUUACUAUCAUUUGACAAAGGUCAUUCUGAAAAGCCUUAUCUAAAUAUGUUUGUGCUUUUGUUGAAUAAUAAUGUACUUUGAACUUUUCUAAAAUAUUUAAUCUGAAUUUCUUGCUAGCUUUAACAAUCAACCUUUAAUAUCUGAUGUUUUUGCACAUUUCCUCAUAGGUGCAUCUGAUAGGUUGUGUCACAAUGCAUAAGCAAGCAGCCUUAUAACUUUCCCUUGCUAACGUAUCAUAGAACAUUACAGUACAGGCCCUUCAGCCCUCCAUGUUGUGCUGACCCAUAUAAUCCUUUAAAAAAGUACUAAACCCACACUACCCCAUAACCCUCCAUUUUUCUUUCAUCCGUGUACCUGCCCAAGAGGCUCUUAAAUACCCCUAAUGUUUCAACCUCCACCACCAUCCCUGGUAAGUCAUUCCAGGCACUCACGACCCUCUGUGUAAAAAAAAAACUUCCCUCCCUUAAUUUUGUACAUAUGCCCUCUGGUGUUUGCUGUUGGUGCCCUGGGAAACAGGUACUAACUAUCCACCCUAUAUGCCUCUCAUAAUCUUGUAGACCUCUAUCAAGUCCCCUCUCAUUCUUCUACGCUCAUGUAAUGCACACAUGAACCCAGGAGUGGGUAUGAAUAUUUAAGAUAUUUAUUUAUUAUUCAGCAAUAGUAUGAUCUAGACCUACUAAUAACUAUUAAACUCAAGAAUUACUCUUUGAUGUAAGAAAACCUGUUGCAUAACUCUAAUUGCCAUUAAGAUGUAUGAAAAGUUAACUAUCCAUUUAUAUGUGUAACAAACACUUUAGUUUAAGUUUAGCUAAACUGACUUAAAACAUAGGAAAUGUAUAUCCAAAUAUACUUGCAUUUUUUGUACUGGUGUGGGGGGGGAAGCUUUUUUGCACAUGUGCAUGGGCUGAGGUUGGUAUAUUAGUAUAUUUUUAAUAGUGAUAAGAUGUAGGGUUAACUGUUUAUUGCUUGUAACUACCUUUCACUAGUUUAAUUUUGUAUGUUGCAAAAUUUAGUUAGAUUGAGUAUUUCAGUCUGAACAGCUUAAGUACCCUAAGAUUGCUCUGUAGUAAAGUUAAUUAUUGUCCCUCGGUUGGAUCCUUCAUGUGGUUAAGGUGUUGGUCUAGUGAUCUGAAGGUCACUAGUUUGAGCCUCAGCUAAGGCAGCGUGUUCUUGAGCAAGGCACUUAACCACACAUUGCUCUGUGAUGACACCGGUGCCAAGCUGUAUUGGCCCUUGCUCUUCCCUUAGACAACAUCGGUGGCAUGGAGAGGGGAGACUUGCAGCAUCGGCAACUGCAGUUCUGCCAUACAACCCUGCCCAGGACUUAGCAAGGCACAAAUCCAUCCCUAACCAUGGACUUUUUAUUCUCCUCCCAUCCGGUAGGCACUUACAGGAACCUCUGCUCCUGCAACAGCAGGCACAGGAAGAGCUUCUUCCCUGAGGCUGUGACCCUGCUGAAUCUCCCAUCACAGCACUAAGCAGUAUUGCUCCCAUAUUAUACUGUCUCAAUACUUUUAUAUUUGUGUGCUGUAGACCUUACUUUUUAUUAACAGUUAUUUUGUAAAUAACACUAUUCUUUACAUUUCUGGUUAGAUGCUAACUGCAUUUCAUUUGGUGUUUAAUCUAAUCAAUGGGAUAUUUUAACGUGAGGGUGAUUUGGCCUUAGGCCAUGGAGCCAGCCCUCCUUGUUGUGUUUGGUAUACUCUGCAAAUUCAGAAUGUUUACAUAAACCUCAGUUGUCUGCUAAGAGAACAUGCACAAUUUCUAAACUUAAAUGUUUACCUUUUAACUUGGGGAAGUUUCUAUGGUAGAAUCGACAGAAAUGAAUAAAUGUUUUUAUUUAUAGAUGUCUGUUUCUUCCAGUUUACUGUAAACAGCUGCAGUGUGCAAAGCAAUGGGGAAUAUUACAUUUUUUGUUACUGCGAACCAUUAUAAUAAAUACAGACAAGCAGA